UGACAUUAGUGACAGUCGCUAUUUCGAAAUCUCAUUCACGGUUGUCUGUACCGUUUUGUUCCUGAAGAAAUGUAUUGACUAUUUUCCGAAACGUAAAAUUAUUACGAUUGAAUACGUUUAUAGAUUGAAAUAGAAGUUGUCAUUCCUAUUUAGAGAUCUGAUAGCUUUUAAUUUAAUGUUUCGUGUUUAUUAAGCAGGUGUAUUUGUGAUGUGACGACGUUAUUUUUAAAGCACUGAAAUAAUGAAUUUGUUUCUGAGUUCCGUGUCAUUUAUUUUGUAUUUGGUGGCAGUAUGUCAAGCUUCAGGAACAGAUAUUGCGCUGGACGCAAAAGCAACACUUCUACAUCGGAUAGACAGCUUAAAUCUGCUAAUUUAUACCUGUCUUUUAACUCUGACUGUGUUAACUAUAUGGGUAUUUAAACAUCGCCGUGUGAGCUGGCUCCAUGAAACAGGACUCGCUGUUAUAUAUGGUUUAAUAGUAGGGGCAAUAAUUCGCUAUGCGGGCAGUACAAACCAAGUUACGUACAUCAAUGUGCAUCCAGCACCAGAGACAAAGUACAACCUGUCUGUUCCACCAGACAUGUUACGUCUGCACUUCCCGGACAAGAUGCAGGUGUCAUCUGGAGAUGCUCCAGUGCCUAACAAGACUUAUGCCUAUAGCUUUAGAGGUGAAAUAGUGAAUGUGGAACAAAAUGAGAUAGAUCUGAAAGCUACAUUUGAUCCUGAGAUAUUUUUCAAUAUAAUUUUACCACCUAUUAUAUUCCAUGCUGGAUAUUGCCUGAAAAGGAAAUAUUUCUUCCGCAACCUUGGCGCCAUAUUAACAUUUGCGAUGGUCGGCACAGCGCUAUCUGCGCUGGUGAUCGGAGCCCUUAUGUACGGCUGUGUGCAACUGAUGCCGGAGUCCCUAGCCACAAGUUUCACCUUCCUAGAUACCCUGUACUUUGGUGCUCUCAUCUCGCCGACCGAUCCCCUGACAGUACUCGCCAUCUUCUCACAAUUAAAGGUGGAUGUGAAUUUGUAUGCAAUGAUAUUCGGCGAAAGUGUCCUCAAUGAUGCGGUGGCUUUAGUACUUAGCGGAGCCAUUCAAAACUACGAGCUGAGAUACUCGAAUGAUGGCGGGUUUGAGAUCACCGCGUUCCUCGGAGCGAUUGGAGAUUUUAUUGGGAUCUUCAGUUUGUCACUGCUCGUUGGUGCUCUAAUUGGAUGUUUAACGGCUUUGAUGACGAAGUUCACUCACGUUCGAGAGUGGCCGCUCCUCGAGUCAGCGCUCUUCGUGCUGACUUCGUACGCUGCCUUCCUUAUUGCUGAAGUCUGCGAGCUAACAGGUGUGGUAGCGGUAUUAUUCUGCGGUAUAUGCCAGGCGCACUACACUUACAACAAUCUCUCGUCGGACUCCCGGAACCGCACGAAGCAACUCUUCGAACUGCUCAACUUCCUGGCUGAGAACUUCAUCUUUACGUACAUCGGCGUGUCAAUGUUCACCUUCCCUAAGCAUCACUUUGACCCGUGGUUUAUCAUAGCUGGUUUUGUAACAUCAACACUCGGUCGCGCCGUCAACAUCUACCCGCUCUCGUUCCUCCUCAACCUAGGACGCAACCCACCGAUACCCAUGAACUUCCAACACAUGCUAUUCUUCUCAGGUCUGCGUGGAGCGAUGUCAUUUGCUCUAGCCAUCCGC